AUGAAGGUAUCAGUCACACUUUCGAUCCUGCUCGCCUUCAUCGGCGGAAAAUCGUGCUCAGAAGCAAGUGAAUCAAACGGCACAAACCCAACUGCGAAGUUCUAUGAGAGGAUCCAGUCUUUUCCUAUUAUCCUUUACCAAUGCUUCCGCAAUGGAACCGUGCUUGAAACGGGACAUGCCAUUAUUACCUCGGCGCUGUGGGAUGGAACUUCUGGAAACACCGAUUGUGCUCAGGCCACAAUUUGGGAAAUUCAAAACGGAACAGCCGGAAGCAGCAAAAAGUCGACUUUUCAAACCUGCUACAAUCAGGAGUCCAGGAUGGUAUUUGUAAAGGUUAAUGAAACAUUUUAUGAGACAUUCACGAUCUUGCAGGAGCCUUAUAAAGAGAUGGCAUACUUUGUGAAAUUCGGAAUACCACUGCAAGAGAAUGUUACUUCUUCGGCAUACAAGAUUUAUGACAGGGUCGAAACCUGCACCAACGCUGAUGAAUUCCUGCCAAUUGUUUGUCCCGAGGGGUGCGGCAUGGUUUCCACCAAGUCAAAGAUACUGCCGCAAGUCUUCUAA